AUGAGAAUUAAUCUUAAUCAGUCUCUUCCAUUUGUGAGUGGAAGUUUCAAAAGAUACUACUAUAAUCGUACAGUGAAACCGAAAUUCCCGUUUCAAGUUUACGAUAGUGAUGUCAAUACAUUUGGAAUUGUCUCUUUAGAUUUAAAUCUAACAAUAAUCUGCUUAUUAUUUAUUUUUCAAAUGGUAAGUAUCGAUAGUCUUCUCCUUGUAGAGGAUACAGCCAAAAUAACUUGUUUAAUACAAUCGAAUAAGAAGAUAUCUAUCUAUUAUGAGAACAUUCCUACGAAAGUUGAAGGAAGUGGGUGGCAAACGAACUUUAGAGGAUUUUUCGCAUGUGGAAGUGGUGAUAAAAAACAUGAAAUAUCUGUCCCUUCAGAAUGGAUCCAAAGUAGAACGCUAGUGGUGUAUGAAGCCAUCGGGAAAUAUUGUUCAGAAUACAAUUCGUCUGAAACAUGCCAAAAUAUAACAGCAUCAAAUACAACAUGUAUUUGGUGUGCAAAUGCCAACACAUGCAUCGAGAGUAAUGAUGAGGAUACUCAUAAACUGAAAGAAAAUGAUUGCCGUGUUCAGGUUAGUACUUGUUAA